GGGCUUGGAUUUAUGCCCACCAUUUUUUUGACGAUUCCGCCCACCCAGAAAAAACGUCGUUCCUUGACAACCACAAUCACAGAAAAAGACCUUGAGUUCGUUGUCGCCACGAGCCCAAACCGUCAAAAUGCCUUUCCACAAGCUGGUCAAGAACAACGCCUACUACAGCCGCUUCCAGACCAAGUACAAGCGCAGGCGGCAAGGAAAGACCGACUACUAUGCCCGCAAGCGGCUGAUCACCCAGGCCAAGAACAAGUACAAUGCGCCCAAGUACCGCCUGGUCGUCCGCUUCACCAACCGCGACAUCGUCAUGCAGAUCGUCACGUCUGAGAUCUCGGGCGACAAGGUCUUCGCCUCGGCCUACUCGCACGAGCUCAAGGCCUACGGCAUCACCCACGGCCUGACCAACUGGGCCGCCGCCUAUGCCACCGGCCUGCUGAUCGCCCGCCGUGUCCUCAAGAAGCUUGGCCUCGACGAGGACUUUGCCGGUGUCGAGGAGCCCGAUGGAGAGUUCAGCCUCACCGAGGCCGCCGAGACCGACGACGGCAGCCGCCGCCCCUUCAAGGCCAACCUCGACGUCGGCCUGCACCGCACCUCGACCGGUGCCCGUGUCUUUGGCGCCAUGAAGGGUGCCUCGGACGGCGGUAUCCUGAUCCCCCACUCGGAGAACCGCUUCCCUGGCUACGACAUUGAGAGCAAGGAGCUGGAUGCCGAGACCCUGAAGAAGUACAUCUUCGGUGGCCACGUCGCCGAGUACAUGGAGACCCUCGCCGACGACGACGAGGAGCGCUACAAGAGCCAGUUCCAGCAGUACAUCGACGACGACGUCGAGGCUGACGGCCUUGAGGACCUCUACACCGAGGCCCACGCCGCCAUCCGCGCCGACCCCUUCAAGAAGGCCGAGUCGGACGCCCCCAAGAAGACCAAGGAGGAGUGGAAGGCCGAGUCCAAGAAGUACAAGACCAAGAAGCUCACCCUGGCCGAGCGCAAGCAGCGCGUCCAGGAGAGGAUCGCCGAGCUCCGCGAGGAGUAAGGUUGCCUCUUUCCUUCACAAAAUCACCAUCGUCUUUGGGGGCAUUUUCAACAGGGUUCGGGGGAAAUAUCACGGCUGUUUGUUCAUUGGCGUUUUGCUUUUAUCCUCCGGAAGGGGGAUCCGAAACGGGUCAUGGGGAAAAAUCAAGGGUUUCUCAAGGAUUUUACGAGACCAAAACAAAAGUGAAUGACCAACCAUGUGAUAUCUUGGCCAAGCUGCUGUGUCGCGAUGCACGCGUAUUGGUGUCUGCCGCCGACGCGUC